UUGAAGAUCACUUUGUGCGAGGCGGACGCGAGCGAGAAAGAGUGCGAAUUAUAAAAAGCAAGCGAACUGCGGAACCGAACCGACUGUAUAUGAUUAAUUUGUGUACUUAAUACAUAAAUAAAUAUAAUUAAAUAAAGCAAGCUGUGCAAUCACAUCGCCCGCCAGCCCAUCCCACUGGCACGAGGAGGAAGAGAGCGUUGCUAGAGCCAAAGUGCAGUUGCAGGAGCAAAACGCAUCCCACAUCGAAUUCCGAUUCCCAUUCGCAUCGAUUCCAAUAUCAAUGUCAAGUGGAUCAGGAAUCCGGGGUCAGAAGAGCGACGACGACUACGCUACGACUGAUUAACACUCCAGCUCCAUCUCCGGAUCGGCUCGGCUCGGCUCGGCUCUAAUGAGCGCAAAGCAAACGCAGAACGUAAAACGCAAACAAAUAAAUAAGUAAACAACGAAAACGGCAAAUUAACAAAAGCGAAAUCGGAAUCCAACAGCCAGCAGCCAGCAGCAAAAUACGCGGAAUAUAGAAAAACACGUUUUCCACAAAAAAGCGCAUAAACAGCAACAAAUAACACAAAUUGUUGUGGCUUUGUCGCUGAACACAACACACUCUUACGCAUUAUACGACGAAUAUCGGAGAAUAAUCACGGGGGGAGACACCAGCGAGCGAACAGAAAAGAUCUCAAAACAGUCAGUGUUUUGGGGCCUAACCCUGAUUCUGGCUCUUACCAAAUAUGAGCAGAGGCUGCCUGUCGGACCAGUUGCUGGUGUAACGUAACCCGAGCAGCCGUGACCGAGACACCAAACCACGGCAAGCGGAGACACCAGACCAAACCAGACCCACAUUCACCACACACACUCGAGCAACAGCAGCAGCAGCAGCAACAACAAAACCCCCACACACACACACACACGUUGUGCGUCGUGUGGCCAUGGAACGCUCUCACAGUUGCAGCAAUUUCGAGGCCAGAGUAGGGCCGGGAGCGGUGUUGGCUAUAGAGGCCGAAGGGGCAGCGACAGUCAAGUGCAAGGAGCUGGCCCAGCCGAAGCCACACGCCGGCAGCAGCGACAACCUGCCGCUGAGCAUUUGUGCCAGCUCCACGGAUCACUUUCCGCCCAACAAGCCGCUGCGCAAGCGCAAAAAGCUGCAACGCCAGCAGUCGGCCGUCGAUGUGGACGACCUGGAGUGCGAUUGCGCCUAUGCCGGCGAUCUGGAGGAGAAUGCAGACCACGACAACGACAUCGAAAACGAAAUUGAAAACGAACAGGAACAGACCAGCCUGGACGCCUUGCCACACUUGCCAAGCCACUUCUCGCAGCAGCAGAGCCCCGCCCACGUGAGCAUGGCCCUGCAGCGGCACAUCUCCAUCUCCUGCAGCAGCAGCAACAGCAACAGCAAUGCAAACACCAACGCAAGCACCAGGAGCGACACCUACUCCAGCCUCCGCUACACCCGUUCCAAUCUCAGCCGCAGCAGCCUUCUGCUGAGCCACCAGCAGAGCUCCUUCGAUGGCACGGAGCGCACAGAGAGCAGCGAGACCCUGGACAUGCUGCCCAUGGGCAGGGGUCGCUCCCAGAUACAUCCAUCGGGCAGAUGCAUGGGCCAGAUGCCGAUGAAUAUGCAGAUGCAGAUGCGGUCGGGCCCGCCCUCGGCCCUGGCCAGUGCACUGCAUGCAACGGCCAAGCUGGCAGCGAGUGUAGAUGCAUAUGCGUCAGAGGCGACGGCGGCGGCGGCGGCUGCAGCGACAGCGACAGCGGUUCCCUCUGGUCACCUACCGCUGACCGGACCUGGCGCCGACUACAGUAUGUGCGACUCGUGUCGCCCAUUGCGCUUCCACAGCCAGAACCCCGGCCAGAGCUGUCACGUCCACAGCAAUCUCGGCAGUCGACCCGUCCACUCGGGCCCGAGCAACUACGUCGGAUCGUCGCGCUAUCUCUACCACAAUUUCAAUUCGAAUUCCCCACACGCGGGCUCGGGACGCUUCAGCGCGCAGAGAGACGCCUCGCUCCCACCUGCGGCAGCUGGGCCCCUGCCGUUACCGUGUUCACUGCCGUUGCCGUCAGGGCUAGCAGCUUCCAUAGCACCGCCACCAUUUCAGUAUCGCACCUUCCAACAGAAUCAGUCUUAUCGCUUUCAGCCGCGCCAGCACCGCACCGGCAGCAGCAGCAUGUCGCAGUCCGGCGAGGAUCUCCACUCGCCCACCUACCUCUCCUGGCGCAAGCUCCAGCUGAGUCGCGCCAAAUUGAAGGCCUCCAGCAAGACAUCGGCCCUCCUCUCGGGUUUCGCCAUGGUGGCCAUGGUGGAAGUGCAACUGGAUCACGACACCAAGGUGCCGCCCGGCAUGCUAGUGGCUUUCGCGAUCUGCACCACCAUGCUGGUGGCCGUGCAUAUGCUGGCCCUGAUGAUCAGCACCUGCAUCCUUCCGAACAUCGAGGUGGUGUGCAAUCUGCACAGCAUCUCCCUGGUGCACGAGUCGCCGCACGAGCGCCUGCACUGGUACAUUGAGACGGCGUGGGCAUUUUCCACGCUGCUGGGGCUGAUCCUGUUCCUGCUGGAGAUAGCCAUACUCUGUUGGGUGAAGUUCUAUGAUCUGAGCCCGCCGGCGGCCUGGUCGGCCUGCGUGGUGCUAAUACCCGUGAUGAUUAUCUUCAUGGCUUUUGCCAUACACUUCUAUCGGUCUCUGGUGACGCACAAGUACGAGGUGACGGUCUCGGGCAUACGGGAGCUGGAGAUCCUCAAGGAGCAGAUGGAGCAGGAUCAUCUCGAGCACCACAACAACCACAAUCGCAAUAAUGGCCUUCACUACGGUGCUGCCGGCGACAUCGUUUAGCAGUAUCCACCACGCGAGGAAGUCUCCACGGCGAUCCUUCGCUGAGAACUUAACGAAAACGAAAAGGAAAAGAAAAGACACUUUCGGCACUGGGCCAGAGGUCCCGCCGUCAAUCCUCAGACUAAAUAAGUGAAUAAUUUUUUUGUAAAUUUGUAGUUGACGCAAAUUGUGAUACGCAGAAGGCAGUAGAUUUUUAUUAUACGAGAACAGUAUGA